GCUAGCACGUGAGCAAAAAGAAAAACGUGCCAACGACUAGCAAAAAUCAGUUGAUCAGUUAUCUUCUUCCGCAGAGCAAAGUCUACUUUAUAUUGUACGAAGCUAUUACAUACAUGUUGCGGCCAUAAGAACGUUUAUGUCAGAGGAGAAAUAGCAUAUAGAACUGGGCCGGCUUUCUUAAAUCUAUUCAUAGCCUACACUGUUAAAAUGAAUCUCCAGCAGAAGAUUCGUAGUUGGGGCUGGAUUUAUCCCACUGCAAUCCUCUGUCUGUACGGGUUCUUUGCCAACUGUAGGCCAGCUGAACCUUUUUUGACUCCGUAUCUGGUGGGACCCAAGAACAUCUCAGAGGAAGUGGUAACCAACUACCUCUUCCCCAUCUGGACCUACUCCUACCUGGCCCUGCUCUUCCCAGUGUUCCUCCUGACGGACUUCCUGCGCUACAAGCCUCUGAUCAUGCUGCAGGGGGCCGCCCUGGUCUCCAACUAUUGCCUGCUGUGCUUCUCAGACAGCCUGGCGGCCAUGACAGCGCUGCAGGUCAACUACGCUGUGGUGACCUCCACGGAGGUGGCCUACUUCUCGUCGAUCUACUGCCUGGUCCCUCCUGAGCGCUACCAGCAGGCCACUGGCUACCUCCGUGCAGCCAUGCUCAUUGGGUACACUUUUGGUGCCACCCUCAGUCAGCUGCUGGUGUCCCUCGUGGGCACCAGUCUGUUCCACAUCAAUGCCAUUACGCUGGGCACGGUAAGCGUCUCUUUACUGGUGUCCCUGGCCAUACCCAUACCCCGGCGAGGGAUGUUCUUUAAGGGGGCAGAGGCGGGGGAGGAAGCUGAGGAACAGGCGUCAGGAAGUGAAGUGGAGAAGGGAGGCUGCUGCCAGGGCAGCUUGGUGGCAGGAGUUGGGGUGGUCAGCCAGAUGUGGGCAGCCCUGAGGGAGGGCUACGGCUCAGGCCGAGUGGUCUGCUGGUCCCUGUGGUGGGCGUUAGCUACGUCAGGCUACACGCAGGUGUUCAACUACGUGCAGCUGAUGUGGGACCACGUGGAGCCGUCCAGCACAGCGGCCAUCUACAACGGUGGGGUGGAGGCCGUCUGCACUCUUGUAGGUGCGGCAGCAGCUUUCGGGGUGGGGCACGUACGCGUGUCGUGGAGCCGGUGGGGGGAGCUGUGUCUGGGCGCGUUCUCAGCGGUGGGGGCGGGAGCCGUGUUCCUGAUGGCGUUCUCCAGCAGCAUCUGGCUCUGCUACGCCGGCUAUGUGCUCUUCAAGGCGUCCUACAUGCUGCUCAUCACCAUCACUACUUUCCAGAUUGCUGCCAACCUGUCCAUGGAGUGCUAUGCUCUGACCUUUGGUAUCAACACCUUUGUCGCUCUCGUGUUGCAGACUGUCAUCACGGCGAUUAUUGUGGACGAGAGUGCUUUGGGAUUGGAUAUUGUGACACAGUUCAUUGUCUAUGGGAGCUACUAUACUGCCAUCUCCACAGUGUUCUUCAUCAGAGGACUGUACACCGCCUGCAGGCAUCACUGCAGACCCACACACCCCACACCACACAAAGAGGUCCUGUCCUCUCAGAGGCUGUGAUCCACAACAACAAACUGGCAAGGCAUCCCACUGGAAGCUGACAUCUUAGACACAGACCCACUGUCCACUGCCCACUCCCUAUAGCUGACUGAGAUCCAUAACAAAAGGAGUGUAUUUUGAGUAUGCAUUUAAGAUUUAUAUGUGCAUUUACAACAGACACCUAUACAAUAUGAUCUACUGAAGCACUGUGAAGUCAUAAUGGGAAUGAGCUAAUGGUGAAAACUUCCGUUUAUAAAUGUAACAGCUAUAAUGACUAAUCCUGUAUGAAUCAAACAACUGCAGGCCCGUUGGACAUGCAUGGGGGGGGGUGCUUUGGGCAUGCCUCUGCAGCUAUUUAUUUUGACUAAUAUGCAGAGUCAGUUGCUUUGAAUUCAGCGAGACAGAAGAGAAGUAGGUGUUUGUACAGGGCCUACAGCAACAACAACAACAACAACAACAACUCAACUGCAACAACAAUGGGUAUCAAUAAGAAGGCUGUUGCUGGUGUUGUGGGUGUCGCAGCUGGUGCAGUUGGAGCUGUUGCCGCGGCACCUUUUGUUCUGACAGCCGCGGGUUUCACUGGAGCUGGCAUCGCAGCAGGCUCUUUCGCCACCAGCAUGAUGUCAGCGGCUGCUGUUGCUAACGGAGGUGAAGUCGCAGCCGGGAGCUUAGUGGCUCUCCUCCAGUCAGCAGGAGCGGUUGGAUUGUCUGCGGGAGCUACAGCUGCCGUGGCAACUGCAGGGGGUGCUGUGGGCGGAGCCCUGGCAGGUGCAGGCGCAUGGAUGCAGGGCGUGUUUGGAAAGAACAAAAAACCUCCCAACGAUGCCCCAAAGCCUCCCAACGAUGCCCCAAAGCCUCCCAACGAUGCCCCAAAGCCUUCCAACGAUGCCCCAAAGCCUCCCAACGAUGCCCCAAAGCCUCCCAACGAUGCCCCAAAGCCUUCCAACGAUGCCCCAAAGCCUCCCAACGAUGCCCCAAAGCCUCCCAGCAACAAGAAGCACCCCAAGAAGCAUGCCAAAGAGGGCUCCAUAGACACCACUGAUGAGUCUGAAGAUGAACAGGAGAAGAAUUUCAAAACCUCUGAAAUAAAGUUGAAAAGGCAUUAGUGACCACCAGUCAUGAGCUACCAUCA